AUGCCUCCGGUUCCCAAAUACAAAUACCUAUCUGGUAGUCAAAAACGUAAAAAGAAGAAGCUAGAGGAGGACAAAAGAAAGGCUGACGAAGUAAAACAAAACCGCAUAAACAAGUUUUUCACAAAACAACCUCAAAGUUCUAGUUCUAGUGUAGAUGCUAAUGCGGGUGAAGAUGAUGUUAAUGUUAAUAGGGAUGAAGUUAAUGUGAGUGAAGAUGAUGUUAAUGUGGAUGAAGCUAAUGUGGGUGAAGAUGAUGUUAACGUUAACGUGGAUGAAGCUAACGUGGGUGACGAUGAUGUUAAUGUUGAUGUGGAUACGGAUGAAUAUGAUGUUAAUGCUAAUGUAGAUGAAACUAACGUGAGUAAAGAUGAUGCUAAUGUCAAUCCUAGUAUUGAUAUUUUUGAUCCUAGAACUUGGGAUGGGCUUGAUCCUAACUUGAAAAAUGAACUGGUUAUGAAAGGUCCAAAAAAAGAUUUGACUAUUGAUAAGGGUCCUGUGGAUAAACUUGGAAGACGAUUUUCUAGAGUGAUGUAUACUAGAAUUCUAUCAAAUAGGGAGAAGCUUGAUAGAGAAUGGUUACAUGCUUCUCAAGGUCUUAAAGAGCAUGAAGUUAGCUUUGAACAUCUCAAGAAUAUGAAUCAAUUGUUUGAAAUGCGUCAAAGGUUGGAAUGCAAUAAAACAAUUGACAAAGUAGCAUAUGAGCAAUUUAAAAAAGAAAGAGAUUAUUGGAAAGAAGUCAUCUUUAGAAUUAUUGCACUUGUGAAAUUUCUUGCUAAACAUGGUUUAGCAUUUCGCGGAUCAAAUGAGAAGUUGUAUCAACCUGGCAAUGGAAACUUUUUAGGAUUGAUUGAGAUGUUGGAAGAGUUUGACCCAAUUAUGAAAGAGCAUGUGCGACGUAUCAUGAGUGAUGAACUCCAUGUACAUUAUCUUGGGCAUAAUAUCCAAAACGAGUUAAUACAAUUACUAGCUCAGCAAGUUAAAACAGAAAUCAUCAAGAAGAUAAAGCAAGCAAAGUAUUACUCCAUAAUACUCGAUUGCACCCCCGAUGUAAGUCACCAAGAACAAAUGUCAAUAAUUGUGAGGUAUGUGAAUUUUAGCUCUAAUUCUGUGACCGUUGAGGAAUCUUUUUUAGGGUUUUUGGUUGUUGACGAUACUACUGGUAAAGGACUUUUUGAAGUUACGUCUAAGGAAUUAGAGUCUCUAGGUCUUGAUAUUAAUGAUAUGCGUGGUCAAGGCUAUGAUAAUGGAGCAAACAUGAAGGGAAAACAUAGUGGAGUUCAAAGGAGAUUCUUAGAAAAAAAUCCUAGAGCUUUGUACAGUGCUUGUGGUUAUCAUAGUCUUAAUCUUGUUUUGUGUGAUAUGGCUAACACUAUUACAAAGUCUAGAGAAUUUUUUGGAACAAUACAACGGAUUUAUACUAUCUUUGCCAAUUCUAUUAAUAGGUGGCAAAUAUUGAAAGACAAUGUUAAAGGAUUGACUCUUAAGUCAUUGUCUACCACUCGUUGGGAAAGUCGUGUAGAUAGUAUUAAGCCUAUUAGAACUCAACUUGUAGAUGUCAGAAAAGCUUUGAAGGAAGUUAGGGCCUCCGAUAAAGAUGCUAAAAUUCAAAGCGAAGCUAAAUCACUUGAAAAGCGUGAGGUUGGUGACUAUGAAUUUUUGGUACAGAUCGUCAUUUGGUAUGAAAUAUUAUCAAAUGUGAAUGUGGUGAGCAAAAAGUUGCAAUCAAAGGAUGUGGUUCUUGAUGUUGCUAUUGAUGAAGUGGACAAAUUGAUUAAAUACUUUAAAAAAUAUAGAGAAAAGGGGUUUUCCAAGGCGAUUGAUGAAGCUGUAGAAAUUGCCAAUGAAUUGGGUGUUGAUGCGGGAUUCCCUCAAAAACGUGUGAUACAUAGGAAAAAACAAUUUGAUGAGAAUUCAAAUGUAGAAGAAGUUAUAUUUUCACUCGAUGAGGAUUUUAAAGUCAAUUACUUUUUAUGUAUUGUUGAUCAAGCUAUAAGUUCUCUUGAAACAAGAUUCGAUCAAUACAAAAAAUUCGAAAAUUUAUGGGGUUUUUUGUUUCCUAAAAAGUUGAAGACACUUGAUGAAGCCACUCUUAAGUCUUGUUGUUAUCGUCUUCAAGAUGCAUUGAAAUAUAAAGAAGAAUCGGACAUUGAUGCUAAUGAACUUUAUUUGGAGUUGAAGUUGAUCGAAACAUUCUUACCGAGUUACAUUGUUAGCCCUUUUGAUGCUUUAAACAAUAUCAAGCGGCUUGGUCAUUUCCCUAAUGCUAUAAAUGCAUAUAAAGUGCUUUUGACAAUUCCGGUAACGGUGGCAUCGGCGGAAAGAAGCUUUUCAAAAUUGAAGUUGUUGAAGACUUAUUUACGAUCGACGAUGUCGCAAGAAAGACUUAACGGAUUGGCAAUGAUAUCUAUUGAAAACGAAAUAUUAGAAGAUUUGGGCCCAAUUUUUUAUCUUGCCGGGGCCCAAAAGAUUUUUAUCAUUCUCGGGGACGGCCCUGUGAGCCCGCCAAUUCAAUCACCAAGAGAGAAUGUCGAGCGCCCACUUCCUAUCUACGUUGAAGACCAAGAUGUAGAGGUUGUCCCCGAAACACAAUAUUUGGAUGUAGAUAGUGGCGAGGACGAAGAAGAAUAUGAGGUUGAAGACAAUGAUAUUGGUGAAGCAAGUGAGCCGAAAGAAAAGGGAGUCAAGGCGGAGCGUCAAAGUUGGACGAAAAAACAAGAAGAGCCCUUAGCCAAGGCAUGGGUUCAUUGUUCUUUAAACAAGAAAAAAAGGCAACCAACAAAAAUGUGA